AUGAUGAAGGUGGAAGAAAACGAGGUCGGAGGAGUAGCGUCACUGGAGAUUCCUUCGCCCGUGACUCCGGCUCGUAGACCACGAGGUCGCCCGCGUAAAAAUCCUGUUGCUACCGAGUCCACUCCAACACCAAAACGAAGUGUGAAACGGCCUAGAAAAUCAAAGACUCCAGCAGAUGAACCCGAAUCCAUUGUCUCUGAACCUCCGGCGACGCCCAGACCACGGGGCCGGGGUCGCACUUCAAGUAAGACUACACCGAAUGGUUCCGCUACAAAAACACCUCGGAUUUCCGCUUCGAAACCAGCAACAAAAGCUGGACUGGCAGGUGCAUCAGAAAGCGUCCCUUAUUCUUACGAAGAUUUGUUUAUUGGCGAAGAAGAGGAAGAGCAAGAUGAAAAUGUUGAUGCUGCUGAUGACGAUAGCGAAUAUGCUCCAUCUGACGAGGAGGUUGCUCAAAAGCUCUCAACCAGUGGUGUAAUACGCAGAGGAGCGGCAGCGAGGACUCGAGGGAGGAUUAAAGAAAGGGAUUUUGUGCCUGAAUCUGGUGGUUCGACGGACGAAGACGAAGCAGGAGAAUCAGAGAGUGAAUAUGAAGAAGACGAGGAGGACGAGGAUGAAUUGGCGGCCGAGCAACUUGACCUACAGGACGGUGCUAACGGUGCACCCAUGGCUCUGUUUGAGGAUGAAACCAAUCAGAUACGUAAAGAUGUGUACGACUUUGAUGCUCAGAGUAUGCUUUCUAGUCUUCGCAAUAAUACGAUUAAAAAACGAGUAACUGCAGCAAAUAAUCGUUCUGGUGGUGUCAUGGUCGGCCGCACGACUGCGAAAACUCCCCGAAAAGCGGCUGCCCGAUCAGGUACCAGCUGGGGGUCGAACAUUUACAGCGCUCUCGCUGCGUCCCUGAAAACCCGGGCUGAUUUGGAUGCAUAUUCAAAUUUCCUCAAAUCCAAUGCACUCAAUCAACAACUGGAUCAGUUUUUAACUGAAUUAUGCAAACCAAGUAACCAACACGCAAGCUUUUUCUAUGGUUCUUCUGCCACUUUACAAAGUCUUAUGAGCCGGAUCAAUGACUACGAUAAAGUGGUUGAGUUGUUACAUGCUUUUAUAGCUCGUCCGUUCGAUCAGUUACAGCAUCGUGUGGUUUAUUUCUGUCCAAUCGUACAUCAACCUUUGUUUGGUCUGAGUCAUAUGAAUCCCCUCCCAGCUUCACUUGCUUCAUUGAUAGAAAGUACUGACAAAGAAAUGAUCAUACGACCAGCCUACUUGUUGAAUCAGGAUAUCAAUAUAUUGGCUCUUUCGAACGAAGUCAUCAGCGAAUUCGGUUUAUCUAAUUCACAGUACCAUCUAGUGAGUGGUGUUGGCAACCUUGGACGUUAUAUGCCAGAUCUGAAAUAUAUAAUGGUCAACUCUGAUUUGUACCAGCGGCUUACUGAUCUAAUUUCCACGCCAAUUGAGCGAAUUUAUGAGAUUGCAAUGAGCAGAGCACAUCAAGAGGGCGAAGAAGCAAAUAUUGACAUCAGUCCACUAGAGCCAGCUAAUUUACAACGUUUGGUUAUGAUGACAGAUGGUGAAGGAACGCUUUUGGGUAUUACACUGUUGGAUACUUGGAACCGCGCAGAAGUCCCUCGUGAUAGACCAGAAGUACCCAUAGAUUUAACACCACUCGCCAAGGACACUUCAGGUGAUACGGAUCAAAGACGACCUACGCAUUUAACUCAAGAAGAACAAGUAAAGGAGCUCUUGGAUGAAAUAAUUGAUUGGGUUGUACUGAAGUCAGACACUACAGAUGCGAGUGGCUUUCCCAGGAAAACCGCGCGUUCCGAUCAGUCACCUCUCGACCAAAUUCACUUUCUUGACGCCUUUCUAGUAAAGCCAAAUGGUCGACCGGAUGCUUUACUUUUGGUCUCUCAUCAGUCCAUCGCACAUCCACCCUAUAAAAAACCACUUCCUGAUGGAGAGCAAUUCCGUGUUUAUGCAUUCAUUGAAGAAACCAGAUUCCUGCUCGAAAAGCAUGGGUUCACUCCUGAAGUUCCAAUUGCACUAGAAGGAGUGCAUUCUGCCGAUCCAGAUGAGCUCAUGGAGGAUCGUUCGUUACUUGUCGUACCUGAUUUGUUGUACGACACACUUCGGAAAGUCGUGCUACGGGAGGUACUCAGUUCGGUGGGUACUGCAGCUGCCACCGCUGUAAUGAAUCCUUUGAAGUCAGACGUUGCUGCUUCAGUCCCAUUGGUUCAUUGCGCCAAAUUUGUAAUAAUGGAUCGAAAUCGUCGCGUUCCUUUGGCGAUAGCGUUUGAUUCACCCAUCCGGCUGACUUUACAAGUUUUCAUGGAUAAAAUCGGUCUCAAUCCGUUUGGGACAGAAGCAUGCAAACAGUUUGAUCAAUUAUCAUCGGCUCAGCUGAAAUUGACGGAGUCCUCAUUCAAACCGACCACAGCCGAAUAUCGCUUGGUAUCGCUUAACGGUCUAUUGUUUGGCUUCCAAAUAGAUGAUCAAAAAGUAAUACAACGUGUAGUUGAAAUCGUUCCUGCUCGGUUUGAUGCAAUAUUCCCGAAUACACUGCGACCCCUGCUGUGCUCUCAGACAGCCGUGGCUACUUCAAAAUCAUGUCCAUCUAGCGUACGAAUUGUUAAUGAUGAAACAAACAGCUCGACCGUACUUCCGGCGUUUUACUAUCCAUACAAUGAAAGGGCAAAGAUGAGUAGUGUGAUAACUGGUUUUGUCAGUCAUGUGACCAAUCGUUUGUAUGAUCUCCCAGUGGAAAUUAGUCUGUAUGAUAUCGUCUUCCGUUUAGCUCAGAAACACAUGCCAGAACUGCUUGCUCGACAGCAUAUCGAGGCUGCAGAGGCGGCCGCCUACGCGGAGGCUGCAGCAAAUCCACAUGCACCACCACCGGCUCCCGUACCAUUGCCCGAACAUUGGGGAGUAUGUUCGCUGUGUGCGAAGGAACUACGCUCGGCGAAUGGACUUUUAGAUCAUGAAAUGCGUCACAUGGGUCUUUUACGAUUCCGAUGUGCCCUUCAUGGAUGCUCUUUCAUAGACAGACGAUCGUGGCAGUUGCAUAUUGAUGAGGUGCAUUCUACAAUUCGCUCAGCCGCUCUCGCUGCAACGCUGCCACGUAUCAAUGCCAUGGCCCCAGCUGAAGCCGGAAGUGAUAUUGAUGACGAGGAAGAAGGCGAAAACAUGGAACAGGAGACUGCACCAGGAACGGGUUUGCUUGCUGGGUUAGCCCAGGUGUUCAAUACUGGAAUGCUUCUUGGCCGAAUGGAAGCGCCGCAGUGUGAAAAAUGUGGCGAUUAUUUCCUCACUGCUGAUAUGCUCGCACAACACAUGGAUUUUUGCGAUGGAGUGAGUUUCUGUGUUCGCACUCCAAUGUCACGCUCAACUGCAGGAUCUAAAGAAAAAAAUGACUCGAUCAAUAAGCCAACCUCAGAUGGUUGUGAGUUCCUCACGCUAGACGAUUUCGAGGAGGGAAAGAGUGACACUUGUGUCUGUGGCAUGUGUGGAUCACGACUGCAGUCUCGCGAGAAAGUGCUGCGACACUUCACCUUGUAUCAUCUGCAGUGCAUUCUUUGUAACGAAGUUUUGCGUUCAAUGGACGAAUUGUCAUCGCAUUACCAGAAACACUUGGCCUCCAAGGAAGCUGAAGUUCCUAAAGAUGAUGCUAACACGCAAGGAGAUCAGAAUAGUACUACUGUUCAAGCUAGCCUGGUUAAACAGGAUCCAGAUCAAACGAAAGAAAGUACAAAGGCUUUAUAUGAUAAACUGAUGACCUGCGAUGUGUGCGGGAAUUUCUCUGGCACCAAAUACAACUACUAUUUCCAUCAGUGGGCUGAACAUGGGGUUGUGCAUCCACCUUUAGGAUCUUCUGACGGAGUACCUCAAGUUGUGAAACACAUGCGUCAAAGUCGACAAAAUCUUGAUCAAAGCAGGGAUGAUUAUUUCUCUUUACCCAACCUGCGUCGGAUUCAGUGCAAAUUCUGUCCUUGUAUCGUCCGGGUUACGGGAAAUGAUUAUUUACAACAUUUGGGUGAGAAGCAUCAGAUAUUCACAGAAAUCGAUGUGCUCUGCCGUAUUUGCGGAGAUAUUUUCCCAACAUGUGAAGAUCUUUCUACUCAUUUGGGCGAGAUGCAUGCCCCGUCUGGUGAAUAUGUAAAUGCCGGUGCACAAACAAUCUUCCGUUGCACUCACUGCGCAUUUUGGGGAUUCAAUAAAACCGUGUUGAAACACUCGCGCGAAGUCCAUAAAGAUCCGGCACCGUCCAUUUAUGAAUGUGUUCAUUGCUACGAACGGUUCUCUGACCGGCGUCUUUGGCGCACACAUAUGGAUAAGCACAACGAAGGAUACGCACAUCGCUGCACCGAAUGUGGCCGAGCGUUUCGGUUACGGCCUUCGCUCCUCCAUCACAUACGCACACAUCACGCGGAUGACCAAGGACCAGCAACCUGUGAAUAUUGCGGUUUGAGCUAUCCGAAGCGCGUUUCCUUACGGUAUCACAUGUACCGAAUGCACAAUCAGGAAUUGACUCACGAAUGUGCCAUCUGUCAGAGACGCUUCCGUUUGGAGACCGAAUUAAGGCGCCACGCAAAGGAGAUUCAUGGCGGUGCUGUGCGAUGCGAAAUUUGUCAUAAAGUGUGUAACAAUCUGAGGUGUUAUGCCCAACAUCGACAGAAGCAUUUUCGCACGCGCCUUUACCAAUGCACAGAUUGUCAAACCACGUUCAAGAGCAAACUGGCAAUGAAGCGACACAUUCGUGUAGAACAUUUACAACUGGGGCCGGAGAAAUUCGAGUGCCAAAUUUGCGGGAAGAUUGUCACGCAGAUCGGCAUGCAUAUGCUGAUUCACAAAGAGGCUCGGUUCGAAUGUGAAUACUGCGGGAAACGCUUCACCAAAGCAGCCUACUACAACGAACACUUGCGUAUUCAUUUGGGGGAACAACCUUUCGAAUGUCAUAUUUGCCUCAAGCGUUUUAACAAAAAGUCAAACUUGAAUGUGCACUUGAAGUUUCAUGAGAAACAUCGUGACGAUGAUGGAAAUGUAAGUUGCCCUUGUUCUUACUUACAAUUGCGGUUAUCAUUUGGAAAACUCGAUUUUGAAGUGUGGUAUCUUGCUAGUGUCUGA